AUGUCGCUGUUUGGAGGGUUCAAGCCUUCCACUCCGGCCACCGCGGGAACCCAAACUUCCGCUUUAAGCACACCCGCAACCAGCACUCCGUCUACUCUACAACAGCAGCAGCAACAGCAGCAGCAACAACAACAGCAACAACAGCAGCAGCAACAGCAGCAGCAGCAGCAACAGCAGCAGCAGCAGCAACAGCAGUUAACCCUAGCAAUUCAGCAGGGUCAAGCGCAUCUGCUGACGAAUAACGACCCCAGUAGAGGGGGUCCGCAGCCGGCGGGAUUUGAUACUAAGUUCAGCGAGCUACACCCGGACAGCCAGAAGAUCCUCACGCACAUAGAGAGCAAGGUAUUGGAGCUGCGAGCGGAGAGCCAGAGGCUGGGGCAGUCAAGUCGGCUGCAUGAUGGCUCGCAAUUGGCAGACAACCCGUUUGAGCGGCAGGCAGCUAGAGUCAGCCAGAGCCUCUCGCACGUGGCAUCACGGGUGGACACAGAGCGGGCGUCCCUCCACCACAUGCUGCACACGGCGCAGCACCUGCUGCACCACAGCGACCUGGCAGUGCGCUCCUUCUCCCUCCUCCGCUCCAGAUUCCCCCACCUCCCCGGAGCAGACUCACUCGCACCAGGCCAAGCGGACAUCUACCGGGGGGUGCCCUGCCUGCCCUCCCCUUUCCUCAUCGACACGGUCGCUCGCUUUGAAGUCAAGAUGGCAGAGUACCGCCACAAGCUCACCGAGCUCCAGGCAGCCAUUGAACCAGCCCUGGCAGAAUCCAGGUUCGGCGUUGGCUACUCCCGAGCCGCAUCGGCAGCUUCGGCGGCAGCAGCGGUCGAGGCUCUGCCCGUGAUUAUAAAGAAUCUGCAUGAUUUUUUCAUACACGUGGCGGCUCAGGUGGAGAGGGUGCAUGAGAGGGUGGAUGCGGCUAGGAAUGCGUUUCUGGCGGAGAGACGGAGGAGGGGCGACCGGAGCAACCCGUUUGCAGAGGCAGACAGGAUCGAAGCUGCUGCUGCAGCCAGCAAGAAACCGUCUCUGCUUGGCUCUGCUUCUGGCGCUGGUACUGGUGCUGCUGGUGCUGCUGCUGGUGCCGCUGGUGCUGCUGGUGCAGGAGGUACAGGCAGUGGAAUCCUCUCCUCUCCGCUCUCCCUCCUCCCCGGAACCACCACUCCCGGCACCUCCUCCCCUUUCCUCUCGAACCCCACCGGACUCUUCCCCUCCGCCACCACCACCACACCAUCCCUCUUCGGCUCCACCACCCCAGCCACCGCCACCACCCCCGGUCUCUCCCUCUUCGGCACUCCUCCCGCCUCUGCCGCAGCAGGGAGCUCUCCAGGCACCUCUCUCUUUGGCACCCCCACUUCGUCGCUCUUCGGCAGUGCCACUCCUGGUGCCGCCGCUGCUGCAUCCUCUCCUGGGCUUUCUUUCGGCAACCCUGCCACGCCUGCCAUGGGCACCACGUCUCUCUUCGGCACUCCGAACCCGGCAGCAGCAGGCUCGGUCCCAGGUUCCUCUCUCUUCGGAAACACCUCGGCUUUCGGCGGUGGUGCAUCUCCCUUUGGAGCAACCCCAUCUGCAGCAGGGAGCACCCCCUCGCUCUUUGGGUCCCCAGCUGGUCCCACUACCGGGGGUCUGUUCGGAGCGACACCAGCAGCAGCGUCGCCUUUCGGCGCUCCUGCUGCUUCGCCCUUUGGUGCUGCUGGGGCCGCCUCGCCAUCGCCGUUUGGAGCAGCGGCGCCGGCUCCUGCCACGUCGCUGUUUGGUGCUCCUGCUGGGGGUGCUGCACCUGGGUCUGGCGGCUUGUUUGGUGCUCCUGCCGCUCCAACACUCCAGCCGGCUGCCCCAAUGCCGUUUGGUUUUGGCAACACAAGUCAACCGGAGGCGGCGUCUGCCGGUGCUGAUGCUGGCGGUGCGGGUUUGGAUGGGAAGGAGCGGCAGCAGCGGCAGCAGCUGCAGAAGCAGCAGCAGGAGCAGCAGGAGACGACUCGAAUUUCGUUCUCCAUCACGGUCCCGUUUUCCGAGUUCCUUUACCACGUGAAGAAGGAUAAUAUCGUGUCGAUUACUGUAGACGGCGACAAGGUGUCGUUCGUCCUGCGACGCCCCGAGUUCGCAAAAGGGCACAAGGCGACGGAGUUACAACCCAUGAUUCGCCAAGUGGAAAGAAUGGCAGAGAGCAAGUGGAAGGAAGCUGGGGAAGUUUCUGGGAAGAAGGUGGGGAAGAUGCCACCUGUCCAGGUGCAGCUGACCACGGUGAAGCCUGCUGACGUGGCGGUCCCGUACGCGGAGCUGAUGUCACGCCACGUGGAGUUUGGUGCUCCGGAUAAGGCAUCGUUUAAACUCGUGAAUACGAUCUCGGUGAGUAGUAAUGGGGAGAAGGGGAGACGGGGUGAAUCUAGUGAGGAUAUGGGAGUGAGGGGAGAGGGGGAGACGGGGGGAAGUACAUCCACUCUGUUAUACGCGGGGAUAGCAGCCGUUGUGCUCUCACGCCUGCAGAUGAAGCUCCCUCAGUUUGGGGGUAAGACGCGCAGUCAGAAGGGCAAGGCGCCGCCAGUGCUGUUUGCUGAUGUGGCAGGGGUGGAUGAGGCGAAAGAGGAAUUGGAGGAGAUUGUGGAGUACCUCCGCACGCCUGAACGUUUCACUCGACUGGGAGCUCGACCGCCCAGAGGAGUGCUGCUGGUUGGGCCGCCAGGCACAGGAAAGACGAUGCUGGCGAAGGCAGUGGCAGGGGAGGCGGACGUACCCUUUAUAAGCUGCAGCGGUAGCGAGUUUGUGGAGCUGUAUGUGGGGCUGGGGGCGUCGCGAGUGAGAGACCUGUUCGCUCAGGCAAAGAAGGACUCGCCCUCCAUUGUCUUUAUUGAUGAGAUUGAUGCAGUGGCCAAGGUGCGGGAUGGGCGCAUGCGCAGUGUGGGCAACGACGAGAGGGAGCAGACCCUGAACCAGCUGCUCACGGAGAUGGAUGGAUUCGACAGCAGCACGGCGGUGAUCGUCCUGGCAGCCACCAACAGAGCUGACGUCAUCGACCCCGCCCUGCGCCGCCCGGGGCGAUUUGACCGGAUCGUAGCGGUGGAGCCUCCGGAUCGCAAGGGGAGGGAGGCGAUUCUGACGGUGCACAUGGAGCAGAAGGAGCUGCCUCUGAGCACCGAUGUGAAUAUUCAGGAGAUUGCCGUUGCCACCAGUGGAUUUACAGGGGCUGAUUUGGCCAAUCUGGUGAAUGAAGCAGCGCUGCUGGCAGCGAGGAGGGACCAUGAGGUGGUGAUGAAGCAGGACUUUGACAGCGCUGUGGAGCGGGCACUUGCGGGAAUUGAGAAGAAACGGUCAGCUUUGGGUCGGGCAGAAAAGGCCGUGGUAGCACGGCACGAAGCAGGCCAUGCGCUGCUGGGGGCAGCCAUUGCAAAGGUUUUACCUGACCAGCGGGUAGUCCAAAAAAUCUCCAUCGUACCUCGGUCGGGCGGCGCGUUAGGAUUCGCCUACAUGCCGCCCCCAGCGGACGGCGAGGAGCGUCUUCUAGUUUUUGUGGACGAGCUUCGGGGCCAGCUCGCCGUCCUCCUCGGGGGUCGGGCGGCAGAAGACGUCUGUUUCGGCGGGAGAAUCUCUACAGGAGCAGUAGACGAUAUUCGGCGUGCUACAGACAUGGCCUAUAAGGCUGUAGCGGAAUACGGGCUGAGUGGGACCAUAGGGCCAAUGUCAGUGGGUACCCUGGCGGGAGGGGGGUUGGAUGGAGGGGGAGGGUUUGCCUGGGGGGGGAAGGACCAGGGGAGGCUGUCGGAUCAGGUGCAGGAUGAGGUUCAGCAGCUGCUGCAGGCGGCUCUAGAGGUGGCGCGGGCCGUGCUGGUGUGCAACAGAGGGCUUCUGGAAGACCUGGGAAGGACACUGCAAGAGAAUGAGACGGUGGAAGGAGCAGUUUUGAGCACUUGGCUUGCGCAAGUUGAGGUGCCGCCGCUGCUUAGAACCUUUGUGUAUGGCCGGGCAGUAGACCUGCCCCUGCUCCCAGCUGAGAGCAGUGAAGAAGAUGCAUGA